AAUCAAAGAGUCUCUCUCUCUAUCCCUUUUCUCAGUCGAUCUCGAAGAUUUCACCGACUAAUCGGAGUUUCAAUCGGAGAUUAGAUCCGGGAGAUCACCGACGAAUCCUUUCUAGAUUUUGGAUCGUUCUGUGUCCACUCUACUCUAUUUGAUCCUCUUCCUCUUCUGUUAAAUCUUAACUUGGAUUUUGCAGUUGAUCCUCUCGCGAGAGAAGCUUGCAGAUCCAUCCAUCUCUUUCUGUGAUUUUUGUGGGGUUUUAGGGUUAGGGUUUUAAUUUCGGUUCCGGUUUUCAAUUGGUUGAUGGCUUCGACUCCUGAUUUCUUGUUGGAGGAUCAAACGGACGAGGAUUUCUUCGAUAAACUUGUUGAUGAUUCCUAUACUCCCACCGCCAUUCACGCUUCAUCCUCUGCUAAGGAGCUGAAAUUCGACGACGCUAGUGACUCUGAUGAUGCCAAAGCUUUUGCCAAUCUCUCUGUUGCUGACGAUUUUUUGGCUGGUGGAGAUGUCGCAUUGAACGAAGCAGUUGUGGGGAACCAUGUUGCAAACGAGGGUACGAGUGGUUCCGUGGCAGAAGACGAGCCUUCAUCUAUUGCCGCGGAAGCUGUUCCAUUUGUCAACAGUGAUGCAAAUAAGUUAAAGGAGGAUCAUGUGGUGAGAUCGGAGGUUGAUGAUUUCCCACUACCUGAUACAGCAAAAGAAAGCAAGGUAGUCGAUGGAUCUGGGAGUCCUGGGGUUAAGGAGGUUGAUUGGGGCUCGUUUUAUGCGGAUUCAUCUGCCAAUGAUGGUCGUGGGUUUGGUUCAUACUCUGAUUUCUUCACUGAGUUGGAUGGAGCUGCAGGAAAUGUACAGGGAAAGGAGGAGGUAGCUGUGCCCACUGGGGGAAAUUUAGUAUCUAAUGAUACAAAGAACACAAGUGUUGGUUUAGAUCAUUCGGCAGGGUUUGAGCAACACCAGGGUCAAGUGCACCUCGGUUCUGCAAGCGGGCAGUAUGUAGAUAACACUCAAUCUUGGGAAAAUCUAUAUCCUGGAUGGAAAUAUGAUGCAAGUACUGGCCAAUGGUAUCAAGUUGAUGGUCAUGAUGCAAGCGCCAAUUCACAGGAGAGUUAUAUAAACUCAACAAGUAACUGGGAAAACGUUGCUACUGAUAACUCGGAUGUUGCCUAUCUGAAACAGAGUACAGCAUCUACAGUGGCUGGCACCACUGACAGUGUGUCUACUUGGAAUCAGGUUUCACAAGUGGACAAUGGAUAUCCAGAACACAUGGUAUUUGACGCGCAGUAUCCUGGAUGGUACUAUGACACAAUUGCUCAAGAAUGGCGGUCUCUGGACAGCUACAACCAGGCUUCUCAAACAUCUGUAACAGGUCAAGCUCAUGAUCAGCAUGUUCAGAAUGGUCAUGCUCUUACAGCUAUGUAUCAAAGUAAUAGCGAGAGUAAUAUGUAUAAUGUUGACGAUAAAAACCAGACUUUCAAAGUGCAAGAUUUUGCUAUUCAGAGCCAACACGGAAGUUGGGACCAAUCUUACUAUGCCAACAAUCAGCAGGCAACAAACACUUGGCAAUCAGUAAAUGCAGGUGAACCUAAGUCGGCUGGAACUUCUGAUUCAUUAUCAAGCUUAGGAGGAAACCAGCAUGUAGAUAAUUUGUACAGUUCAGAACCUGUGGCAGAACUUAGGCAAAAUGCGGUUGGAGCUCAGAGCUUCAUCCCUCAGCAUAUGAAUGUGGCUAGUGUCACGCAGAAUGGACCGUUGAGUUUCUCAAACCAUUCCUAUAGUAGACAGCAAUCUGUAGAUGCUGCUCAACAGUCAUUUCAGACCAAUCAGCUUUUCUCCCCAAGUGCAGGAAGAUCAUCUGAUGGGCGUCCACCACAUGCAAUUGUUAAUUUUGGGUUUGGUGGGAAGCUCAUUGUAAUGAAGGAUAAUAAUGGUCCUCUGCAGAAUUCAUCAUUUGGGAGUCAGGGAACUGGGGGAAGCGCCGUAUCUGUCUUAAACUUGGCAGAAGUUAUUUCUGGGAGUGCCUCUUAUUCAAGUCCUGGGGAAGAUUCUUUGAGCUACUUCCGUAGUCUGCAUCAACAAUCUCUUCCAGGUCCUUUGGUAGGAGGACAUGUUGGAAGUAAAGAGUUGCAUAAGUGGAUUGAUGAGAGACUAUUAAAUUGUGAAUCUUCCAACAUGAAUUUUUCAAGAGGGAAACUCUUAAAGAUGCUUCUUUCUGUGCUCAGAAUAUCUUGUCAGUAUUAUGGGAAACUCCGAUCUCCUUUUGGCACUGAUGCAUCACAAAAGGAGACAGAUACUGCAGAAGCAGCAGUCGCCAAAAUUUUUGCAUUUGCCAAGAAAGAUGGCAUCCAAAAUGGUGGUUAUACUCCUUAUAGCCAAUGCUUGCAGCAUUUACCACCUGAAUCACAAAUGCAAGUAACUGCUUCAGAAGUUCAGAAUCUUCUAGCUUCUGGUAGAAAAAUGGAGGCUCUACAAUGUGCACAAGAAGGCCAUUUAUGGGGACCAGCACUUGUUAUCGCAGCACAACUUGGGGAUCAGUUCUAUGUAGACACCGUGAAACAAAUGGCUCUUCGCCAUCUGAUACCAGGGUCACCUUUACGAACAUUGUGCUUGCUGCUUGCAGGACGACCAGAAGAAGUGUUUUCCACUGGAAGUACAGGCGAUGUCCAUUUUCCUGGCUCUGUAAAUGUGCCUCAACAACAACCACAGAUUGGAAGUAGUAGCAUGCAGUGCAUGCUUGACAAUUGGGAAGAGAAUUUGGGUAUAAUAACUGCUAACAGAACCGUAGAUGAUGAGCUUGUGAUUACUAACCUUGGAGAUAACAUAUGGAAAGAACGGGGAGAGAUAAUUGCGGCACAUAUUUGCUAUUUAAUCGCGGAUAUGGGAUUUGAUUAUUACUCAGAAAGCGCCAGACUCUGCCUUGUUGGGGCGGACCAUUGGAAAUGUCCUCGAACAUAUGCAAGUCCCGAGGCUAUACAGAGAACAGAGUUAUAUGAAUACUCUAAGACGCUGGGAAACUCUCAGUAUACCCUGUUGCCGUUUCAACCAUAUAAAAUCAUAUAUGCCCAUAUGCUGGCUGAAGUUGGUAAACUUACAGCUGCACAAAAGUACUGUCAAGCUGUUUUAAAAUGCCUCAAGACUGGUCGAUCAUCUGAAGUAGAAAUGUUGAAACAGUUUGUUUCAUCACUUGAAGAGAGAAUCCGUAUCCAUCAACAGGGCGGGUUUACUGCGAAUUUGGCCCCAGCAAAACUUGUUGGAAAAUUUCUCAACUUUAUUGAUAGUGCGACACAUCGUGUUGUUGGGGGCAUGCCACCACCUGCACCACAUUCAACAACUGGAAACCUACAGAUAAAUGAGUAUCAACAUCAACCGCAGGAAGCGGCUAAGUUACCAUAUAGUCAAUCGGCUAAUACAAUGUCAUCAUUGAUACCACCUGCUUCAAUUGAACCCGUACAUGAGUGGGGUGGGAACGGGAGGACAAUGGCUGCACAUUCUAGAAGUGUAUCAGAGCCAGAUUUUGGUAGGACGCCAGUACAGGAUCAGGCUGACUCCGCAAAAAAAAAAGCUGCUGAUGGGGUGACACAGGUGAAAUCAACUCGAAGUGUCUCAAGUUCUCGGUUUAGCCGCUUUGGUAUUGGCAUACUGAAGAACACUGUAGGGAGGGUCUUACCAUCUCGGUCAUCUAAUGAGGCCAAACUGGGUGAAGAGAAUCAAUUCUACUAUGAUGAUAAUCUAAAGAGAUGGGUGGAAAGAGGUGUGGAACCUCCAGCUGAGGAAGCUGCAUUACCUCCUCCUCCAACGUUAGGCGCAUUCCGAAGCAACUCAUUGGGUAAUGAAAACAAAUCUGACAUGGAAAACGAGAUGUCUCCGUCUAGUGGGAGCUGGAGUAGUGGCAGCCCAACUCCGUCAGAAAAUUCUCCAGGAAUCCCACCAGUCUCACAGAGCUCAAACCAAUUUUCAGCUCGUGGGCGUAUGGGUGUGCGUGCAAGAUACGUUGACACCUACAACCAGGGCCGUGGAAACUCGUCGAGCAUGUAUCAGUCACCUCCUGUACAAUCUGCUAAACCGCCAAUUCCUGCAAAAGGAAAAUUCUUUGUCCCAGCAGCACCUGCGUCGUUUGCAAACAACGACCAGGUAAUGGAAUCGGUUAGUGCUGAAAGCAGGCAGGAGAACUCAGGAGAUGAAGCAGUAGUAGGCUCUGAAGGCGCUCCCCCAACAAGCCAGUCGUCAUUCCAGUCCCCGACACCAUCUCCAAUGACAAUGCAGAGAUUUCCAAGUCUAGACAACAUAAAAAGAAGUGGAUCAGGAAUAAGCCUCAACGGCGAUCUUCCUGCUGCAGGUUCAAGAAGAACAGCUUCAUGGAGCGGAAGCGUCAACAGCUCGUUUAUGUCUCCAACGAGUGCAUCAACAUUCAAACCAAGCCCACUCAAUAGUAGCAGUAGCAGCUUAGGAGAAGAGCUUCAGGAAGUGGAACUGUAAGUUGAAAAAUAUGUAAUAUCACAGAAAAAAGUUUUGCUCACUGACACUGUCACAGGUAGAUGAUCGAUCGAUCAAUCAAUCAAAUGUUAAUCCAUGAGUUACCCAAAAUAUAUGAAACACUUACUCUGCUUCUGUCAAUCAAUGAUAGGAGGCAAUAUGUAUUAUGCAGUUUGUAUUAUUAUUUUUUUUUUUUUUCUAAAUAUAAAAUUCAUUAAUUUUUCUUUGUUAACAGACUUCAGGAGUUGCACAAUAAUAUUCGUUCAUGAA